GUUUCCAAGCUGCAGAUUGCCGCUGACUGAACACCACUCGUGACUGUAUUUCACGCCCUAGGAAUAAGAACAGGCUGUGAAAUGUGUAGGAGAAACUACGGUGGAUGCGGAUGGUUUGUCCAUUCUUGGCUACUGUAGAAACAUGGUGGUCAAACAUGGCGGCCGCCAUGGAAGGCGACCUGCAGAGUCUGUAGAUUAAAACGAUUAUUAUAUUCAAAUGGUUAUACAGUAAUGGAAACAUGAAUAAGAAUAUUCUAUUCACUUCACUUCUUCCCCGGAGUUCUUGUGCUUUCUCGUCUCGCAGGUUCAUGUCGAUCCUGGUGGAGCCUCCUGCCAUGGUCCUGCUAGAUUGCCAUUGCCAAUACUGUUGUUGCUGUGCACCUGUCUGUCUGUCUGUCUGUCUCUCUCUCUCUCUGUCUCUCUCUCUCUCUCUCACCCCAACUGGUCGAGACAGACAAUCACCCACCUAGAGCCGAAGGAUCUGUCCUAGGUUUCUGCCUUUUAACAGGCAGUUUUUCCUUGCCCUUGUCGCCAAGUGCUUGCUCAUGGUGGUACUGUUGGGUCUCUGUAAAUAAUGUUAUAAAGAGUUCGGUUUAGACCUGCUCUAUUUGAAAAGUGUCCUGAGAUAACUUCUGUUAUGAAUUGGCGCAAUACAAAUAAAAUUGAAUUGAAUUGAACUUUCUCCUCAAUGUCACACACUGGACCUUUAAUCCGACCAUGAGUCAUGUCUACAAACCCAAAACACACUUUUAUUUUCUCUACCUCUCGUUUUAUUUUGAAAGCCAGGACGCUCCACUUCCUGUCUGUUCCUGACUCACCGCGUGCUUCUUGACGCAGCUCGCUGAGGCGCUGUAGGACGACCGGAUAACGGGAUCCGAGAAGGGGGACAAGAGCAAAACGCGUCAGUCUGACAGACACAGACUGGGUGCUAUUGUAUAACACAGGCCUUCAGUCCUUUAACUGCGGGCUGCUGCUGCUGCUGCUGCCCGGAACAGCGGCUUGUUUUCAGUCAUUAUUCAGCCUUCUCCUUCCUCUCUCAGCGCGGAGGCAGAGCCGGAGCGGAGCAGCGGGGCUCGGUGUUGCAUCGGCCGCUGGCGGAGGACCUGCACAUGUCGGCGCGGUGAGGGAGCGUUUGUUUCCCCGCCCUGAUAACGGCUCGGAGGACGGCAGGAGGAGGACGGUGCGCGGAGGGGGACAUCAACCGCGGCGAGAACAACAUUACCCACCUCUGAGAGAUAAUAUCAGAAUAAGCAGGUGCGGCCGGUCGGAAGAGGAUCCGUUAAAAAAAAAAAAAAAAAAAAACCGAGUGAGAAGGACAACAGUGAUGCGGCAGCCGAGGUGGGCCCAGAUUGAUGAUUUUAUGAUAUCAUCAUCCACCGCCAGGACCGAUCACUGAUUUUAUUGAUAAGGAGCAUCAUCGAGGAGAAUAAGCUAUAAACUGACCUGGGGUCCGUUUGUUUGUUUUUUGUUUUUGUUUUUUGGGAUCUGGAUAAACUGGAGGAGGUGAAUCGGCGGCUGAUUGCGGUGAUUUCUCUCCAUAAGUGAUCAGUUAGAGAAACACAUAUCCACAUUUAGGCCCAUGACUUAGUGUGUGAGUGUGUGACGCCAAUACAGCAGCAGAGAGGUGUGUGUGUGUGUGUGUGUGUGUGUGUGAGAGAGAGAGAGAGGGAGAGAGAGGAGACGCGCCUGUCUGAGCAUCAUCUGGUAGCUGUGCAGGCUACUCCUCCACGGGGAUGAUACACAAGCGAUUUUUGGUCUGUGCGUGAAAAACAGAAGAAUCAGGGAUGCUGCCGAUGCUGCUGCUGCUGCCAUUCCCAGCCCGGCUCUGAUAGAGACAGCCAGGCGCACAGCUCGGGACUGGACAUCCAGAAAAUAUCUCUCCUCACCUCUCCUCCGCCUCUGCACCUUCUCUCCCACCCCCCUCCCCUUUAUCUCUCACCCCUCUCCUCCUCCUCCUCCUCCUCCUCCUUCCUCCUCCACCACCACCCCGGAGCGUCUAUUCAUUCUGAUCAAUUGAUAACCCAUCUGUGAUUCAGAAAGCCACCCACUCCUCCAUCCUCUCCUCCAUUCACCCGUACAUCCUCUUAAGGCACCUCUUUACGCACUCACACGCGCAAAGGCACGCACACGCACGCACCACCGCCGUUGCCGCCGCCAUCUACAGCCAUCAUGGAGACGACCAAGCUGCCUCCGUCCAGCCCGUCCUCGCCGACCACCAGCUUCUCGGUGCCGUCCGCGGAGAAGGUGGACGGCUUCCCGCGCCGGUCGAUGCGCAGAGCCCGGCAGAGGAGGUCCCACAGCUCGUCCCAGUUCCGCUACCAGAGCUCCCAGGUGGAGCUCACCCCACUGCCCCUGCUCAAAGACGCCCCGGUGGCAGAGUUACACGACCUGUUCUGUAAGAAGCUGCAGCAGUGCUGCGUGCUGUUUGAUUUCCUCGACUGCGUGGCUGACCUGAAGGGGAAGGAGAUCAAACGUGCGGCACUCAACGAGCUGGUGGAGAGCGUGGCCACUAGCAGAGGAGUCCUUAUAGAGCCUCUGUACCCAGAGGCUAUAAAGAUGAUCUCCGUAAAUAUCUUCCGGACUCUCCCACCCAGUGAGAAUCCAGAGUUUGACCCGGAGGAAGACGAGCCGACACUCGAAGCCUCCUGGCCGCAUCUGCAGCUGGUGUAUGAGUUCUUUCUGCGUUUCCUGGAGAGCCCUGACUUCCAGCCCUCCAUGGCCAAACGCUACGUCGACCAGAAGUUUGUCCUGCAGCUGCUGGAGCUGUUUGACAGUGAAGACCCCAGGGAGAGGGAGUACCUAAAGACCAUCCUGCACCGUGUCUAUGGAAAACUACUGGGCCUCCGAGCCUAUAUCCGCAAACAGAUCAACAACAUCUUCCUCAGGUUCAUAUAUGAAACUGAGCACUUCAACGGAGUCGCGGAGCUUCUGGAAAUCCUCGGCAGCAUCAUAAAUGGAUUCGCUCUGCCCCUGAAGGCUGAACACAAGCAGUUCUUGGUUCGGGUUCUCAUCCCGCUACACACGGCAAAGUCCCUUUCCAUCUUCCACGCACAGCUGGCCUACUGUGUGGUGCAGUUUAUGGAGAAAGAUGCUACAGUGACUGAAUAUAUCAUCAGAGGGCUGCUCAAGUACUGGCCAAAAACCUGCACGCAGAAAGAGGUGAUGUUCCUCGGGGAGAUUGAGGAGAUCCUGGAUGUGAUCGAGCCGUCUCAGUUCAUCCGGGUCCAGGAGCCGCUCUUCAAACAGAUCGCAGCCUGUAUCUCCAGCCCUCACUUCCAGGUAGCGGAGCGGGCUCUUUACUUCUGGAACAACGAAUACAUCCUCAGUCUGAUAGAGGAGAACUGUCAAGUCAUCCUGCCGCUGGUAUUCGCCACCCUCUACAGAGUCUCUAAGGAGCACUGGAACCAGACCAUCGUGUCUCUGAUCUACAACGUGCUGAAGACCUUCAUGGAGAUGAACAGCAAGUUGUUUGAUGACCUCACUGCCUCCUACAAAGUGGAGAAACAGAAGGAGAUGAAGCGAGAGAGGGAGCGUGCAGACCUGUGGCGAGGCCUGGAGGAACACCAGGAUCGCCGGAUGCAGAUGCUCACAGAGGCGGCCAGGAACCAGCGCAACCUCCAGGAGCGAGGCGAGAGAGGGGACCCCACGACCCCUUCGUCCCCGCAGACGGCUCACUCCGACCAGCCCGAGCCCAAGCCCAGCGGGGCCUCUUCUUCCUCCUCUGGAGCUGGGGAGAGCGCCACCUAGGUGCUGCUCCACAGAAAUUGGAUAACACGGGGGUUAGGGGACAGGGAGAAGACAUGAGGUUGUUGGUGAAAGUGUUGGGAGAGGUCAGACAGAAAAGGUACAAAACAAUUCUUCUGGUCUUUUUAUCUUGUAUCAUCGAGGGGGUGGCUUUUUGUGAAAGAGCGCACAAACUCAGUGAUCCGAGUUAAAGACUGGACCUUUUUUCUGACAGAGUUGUGUGAAACUGGUUCAAAUUUUGCUGUACACACAUUAUGUUGCAGAUCCGAAGAUGAAUAUCGUCCAAAAGUGCUGACUGUCAUUUUAAUUAACGGCUGGUUUAUUAAACUGCAGGUCAGUACCCAGAAUUGGUAGCUGGCCUGCUUCAAAUCAGCCUCAAAAUAAGAGAUGAAAUUUCUCUUUUGGUGCAACACUAACCAAGUUUAACAUUUGUCUAACUUGUCUUGAUAUUUAACCAACCGAGUCAGAGUCUGUACUGUGGCCUCGUAUUUAUCUUUUGGUCAGAGAUGCUUAUUUCAUGCGUGGAUAGCACAAAGCAUUAAUAAACAAAAGAAGCAAUUUCACACAAAUGUCCCAAAACUAUUGCCGCACAGACCAGACACACAAAACCUCUCUCUCACACACACACACACACACACACACACACACACACACACACACACACACACACACACACACACACACACACACACAGACACAGGUACAUAUUUACUGUAAAUAUGAGAAGACAGAGCUACAGAGAGAAAGUGUAUCCAGGUCAAACAGAUCUCACACACCAACAAUCUAUUGAUGCACCAAUAUAUUUCACACAGUUUCUUUUUGACACAGACACACACUCUCACACACACACACAGACUCACACACACACACACAGCUGGUUCUGGCGCUAACUCCUCUCCCAUUCUGUCAGGUUCCACCAAAGGACAGGCCUAAAGUCCCUCAAGGUUAAAUAACCACUGAUGAAGAUGAUGAUAAUGAUAUAAAGUACAAUACUGUUCCUUCUUCUUACUUGUUACUCUACUACUACUACUCUACUCUACUCUAAGUACUACUGAUGAUGAUGAUAAUGUUUUUAUAUAUAUACAUAUGUCUCUGGAUAUUUCUGUAGUGUAUUAUGGGAGAAACACUAGUGUAGCAGAUACCAUAAAGGGGAAGGCCGGCUCGAAUUCUGAAUUCACAUCACACGUUAACUGUAUGAGGCCAUAAUGUGAGUGCUGAAAUUCAGCGGAGUUCCCCUUUAACAGACCUUAAAGAGGGGAGGAAUGAACUGGAUUGGUGGUGGCUGUUUUUCUUUUCUUUUGAAAUUUGGGAUGUUUGUGGUGCGGUGGGUGUAUUUUAAAGGGGUAUUUCAUAAAAAAAAAUCCCCAAACAUUCCAUGUUUAAAGAUCGUUGCUAUGUUUUAUUUUGUCCUUUUAAAGGCGCCCUGUGGAGAAACAAAGUUAUGUUUACAUCCAGUGUUACUCACCAAAACACAUUGUGUGUAUCCAUGAGGCUUUUUCAAAUGUGCUGAAUUGCAUUUCCUUCCUCAUAAAACAUUUGUAAAGUCAAUUUUAACUUGCAUUGUUUACAUCCAUGUUUACUUGCUAGCAGUCUUCUUCUGCCUUUGUUGGCAUAUUGCUACAUUUCUUUGUACAUUAGCGCCACAAACUGUCGAUCAGUGGAAUAGCAUGAAAUCAGCAUGAUGUGAAUCAUAUCCAUGUGCAACCUUGUGUGCGAUACAAACAUAAUGGGGACCCGAUCAUAAAAACUUUACUCCAUAGCGCUACUAGUGGUGAAAAACUCCACAAGGUGCCUUUGAUUUUUAUGUUGCGGCACACAAUUAUUUUUUUGGUUAAAUAUUUUACAAAUGUACUCAUAUGCCGAGAUUACAUUACACAAAGUUGAAGUGUAGAACCCCCAACUUCGAACCAAAAACGUAUCCAAGCAUACUAGUAAACCCCACCCAGCACAGAGGUUAGUGGAGAACAAACAAAAUGCACCACAGUGUUUCAGACGAAAAGAAAAACACUUUGAUCCAGUUGGAUUUCUGCACCCGGAGCAUCUGUUCCUUUAGGCUCAGCAGACCUGACGCUGCUAGAUGGCGACCAUGACGAUGAUAACUUUUUUCGGUGUGAACCAACAAAAAUCUGUUUAUUCUUGUCUGAUCAUUAUGAUAGAGUGAUGGGAUAAAGAGAGGGGAAAAAAACAGAAAAAAAUUAUUUUAGCAAUAUUUUCAUUCUUUCAGGAUAAUCUGUGUGUUUUUAGGGGGUUAAACAGGAAGUGGGUGUCACGCUCAAAUGUUUACCCUCCACUCUUGUUUUUACUCCUGUUGCGUCCUUGAUAUUCACAUUGUCUUAAAGGUACUUUCUGUGUAAAUUUAUUUGAUGAGAAAUGAUUUUGCUUUGUAAUUAUGUUGUUUUUUUUUCUUGGUUUUUGUAUGAUCUUGUUCAUUUUGUGGAAAACUGAUACUGAUGCUAUUUAUUUUCUAUUUGAUCAGGAAAUGUAACCUUAUUUGAAGAUGAUGGUCAGGUUGUGUAUGUGUGCGUGCGUGCGUGCGUGUGUUGGUGUGCAUCCAGCGAGUGAAUCGGUGAGCAGGAGAUGUGCGUAGACAGAGUGAUAGAGAACGAGAGAAAACAGUCGUCUCUUUGUUUCUUUUUCUCUCUCUCUCCUUCUCUCCUUCCUGAGGGACAGGGUUUGAAUCCGAAUGUAUCGUAAAACAAAUCGAUUGAUUGUGUUUUUGACGCUUGAGACGCAGAGCUACCUGUCGGCUGCUUCGUAACCAAACAUUCAGAAACCCUUCAGACCAGCAGUUUUUCAAACUUCUAAUCGUGCCUGAGUCAACAAGGUUUUGAAAUCCAUUUGCUUGCAGCGCUCAGAUUGGCAUUUCAAGUUUUACUGAGUGGCAUAAAUCUUACAGUGGUGCGUUUCUGCCCCCAAAUUUCCAGGUUUUUUUGAAUGCUCUAAAUUUGAUUUGAGUUUGGUUGACUUGUUCUGAUGCUCUCAGGCUGCGGUCACACCCACAGUUAAUCUGCCAUUGCUCCUUUGUACAAAAGAGGUUGUUGCUUUCAAACGUUGACGCUACAGCUUUGAAUUUCACUUCAUUUGCAGUUUCCGCAUCCAACAUCCAGGUUAUAGCUUCCAACAUGUUUGUCAGUCACACCAGAAACCAAAUAUUGUCAAAUUUGUGCAUGUGAGUAGUUGACAUAAAAAAAAAAAAUUAACUCAAGGUCCACUUACUGGAUUUUUCUGCAGCUUACAAUCACAUGUCAUGGUCCUCAUCAGGGGAUGGGGUUGCUCGGUCGGCAGGAGUUAACCAGUUGACUGACGUAUGGAACGUCAGUCAACUGGUAACUGGUGUUCAGAAUGAGGAAAACUGAGCAAACUCCAUAUGCUGAUGAAGACUGGAAGAUACUAUGGAAAGCUCUGGAAAAGGCUAGAAUUUGGAACCUGAGUUAGGAGUUAGUUACGAAUGUGCCGGUGGUUCCCAACCCUUUAGCUUGCGAAUUACAAAUUACAUGUCUACUUGUGACUCCUUUAUGUGGACAUGAGUUGCGAGCAAGUAAACCAAAGAGUGUUUUUCCUUCUCAGUUUUGGUUGUAGGGUCUUCAGCGGCAAAAUAUACAAAUAAGCAAAGAUACAAAAGAGCAAAAAAUUUGAGGAAUUUUGUUUAGCUUGUGACCCUUUUGAUUAAUGUUAGGACCCUUAAAGGGGCCCGACUCCCAGGUUGGGAACCACUGACAUAUACCUGUUUUUUUUUCUCUUUGUUUCUGCACAUAGCGUAGGCGUAAAGCGCGCACAUUUGCAUCGGUUGCGCUCCGUGGCAGCAACAGAAAAUGCACUGAUGGAUUAGGUGUGAUAGCAGCCUCAUACAAGCAAACACCUGAAAAACCUACACCUGCACACACCACCUGGCUGGCCACUCUGGGCAGGCAAGAAAAACAAACGCUCCCAUUUGAUUUGAAACAUUGCUUUGAUUCAGGCAGAAGAAAACACUCAGAAAACACAGCUGAACAGAGACAAAACUUGACCUCGCUGUCAUAAAACUCAGCUUACUUUAUGAUUUUUGUUUUGGCUAGCUUACUCACAAACCCUCUUGAUUGUUAUUGUCAGUCGCUCAGCUGACUCUGGGGGGGGGGAACAGAACCCCCAGCUCCCACUGUUCUAGAAUCCUCAAUUAUAUUAAUCAACAGUGAUAUUCCUCUUUCUAGAAUACUGUUGUGCAUUCUAGAACUGCUCCAGAACAGGAAGCGAGAGAAGAGAGUGUCCGUAGAGAGCUCUGGUAUCGCCUCACAGACGGCCAUCAAACGCUGGUUUCAUUCGCAUUCACAUUUCCUCUCUGUGGCCACUUUCAUGUGGCCAGAUUGAAACAAAUGCUUUAAUUCCGAGGGGUGGUGUGAAUGGACUGGAUGAAAGCAGCCAGUAAAGAUUUGAAAAAAAAAAAAAAAAAAAAAAA